GGCGGGGAGCGCUGCGGGCCGGGGGUCACCCGGAACCGGGCCCAGGAACCGGGCCCGGCCCCGCCUGAGGCACGGGAACGGGUCUGUGGCGAGGCCCCGCAUCCCGCAACGUUGAUCGGGUCCGUGCGGGACGGGAGCGGCGCGGCCGCGGGAGUCAAGGCCGGGAUUAACCGGCGCGGGCGGAGGCGGCGGCUCAGCGCCGGGCAUGGGGCACGUCCCGCAGCCGGAGCGCAUCGCUGUGCGGUGACGGUGCUCGGGCACCGCGGUCGCUGCCAGGACGCCGGCUGCAGCCGGUGAUCACUGUGGUUCCUAUGGCGCUUCCUCCGUGCCGACAGAUGCUGGAAGCCCCGGAGGAAUCUGUGGUGUGCAUUGGUGACCAGAUCAUCCUGGAGGAAAGUUACGAUGAGAACUAUGUUCCCAGUGAGCAAGAAGUCCAGGAUUACGCCCGGGCAAUCGGGAUCGACCCCAUAAAGGAGCCGGAGCUGCUGUGGUUGGCCAGGGAAGGCAUCGUGGCCUUGUUACCGCCUGGCUGGAAGCCUUGCCAAGACAUCACUGGUGAGAUCUAUUACUUCAACUUUGCUAACGGCCAGUCCGUGUGGGAGCACCCGUGCGAUGAUCACUACAGAGAGCGUGUCAUUCAGGAGCGACAGAAGCUGCUGGCGUCUGGCAGCUUGAAAAAGAAAGAGAAGAAGAAGAAAGAAAAGAAAGAGAAGAAGAGCAAGAAGGAGAAGCAGUCAGUGAAGCAGCUUGCUCCCGCAGGCAUGCUGCUGGCACCCGUGCAGGUGCCCCCGGGGGGCCUGGCCCCGCUGCGUGGGGUCCCAGCCCCCCUGCUCCCUGGUCUGCGCCCCAGCCUGCUCCCCCUGCAGCACGGCAGCCCCGCACCCACCGGCCUCCACACUGGAGCAGGGACACAGCCUGCAGAGACCUGUAAGGCCACCAACCAGUUGAAGAAGUCACUUGGCUUGGUCUGCGAAGAGGAGAGUUCCUUGAAACCAGGGGCUGUAGAUAAAGGGAGAAGUGAAGAGGAAGAAAGUGAAAAUGAGAGUUCCCAUGAGACACGAGGACUGUUCAGAAACCUGCACGUGGAUGUCAGUGCCCUGGGAGGCAGCUUUGACUCUGAGGAGAAGAGCAAAGCAGAGGAGGAAGACUGUGGCAGCUGGGUAGCUGAUGCUGCUGAUGCUGACCUCCAGCACCGAAGGAGCCCUGCAGGAGAAGCUGGCAUCCUGAGAGAGAAGGAGUCUGUAAAAUCCAGACGUGCUGAAGAAGGGCAAGAGUUUUCCUUGGAUUCCGAUGCCGUGUGCCCUCCGACUCCCAUUGAAGUCCUUCUUGGCGAUGCUGACAGCAGCCUGUCUGACCACAACAAGGAUGAGUCCGGUGGGAAACACACUGGGAAUGACCCACUGGGCAAGCCCGAUCCUGAGGUGGAAUGUGACAUCUCUGCUGCUGCUGAGCUGCCGCCGUCCCUGGGGGAAAGGAGCGCAGCAGGGGUGGAUAUGCCCAGUGGUCCUGGGCCACCUCGAGCUGCAUCUCCGGCUGCUGAGCCUGCUGAGAGAGAUGAGCAGGUAAACCUGGCUUCUGCCAUUGCCUCCCUGUCUGGUGGUGAAGAGAUGCUGAAUGAAAUGAGGGAAGAAGCAGCAGCUGAUCUGGAAGCAGAUGGCAAGCUGGAUGCUGGCGAAACAUCAGAGGCCAGCGACUGUGUGGAGGAUUUGCAAGUCUCUGACUGCUUGGACCAUGAGGUGAUGUGGCCUGUGGACAUGGGCACCAAGAACUGGCUUUCUGAGCAGGUACCAGAUGUGGAGGAUCUGUCUGCUGCUGUGGACAGCCCCAUGUGCAAGGCCCAGGAGCUGGGAGAAGAGGAAAAAGACCAAAGCAAAGCAAGUAUAGAGGAAGAGCAAAGCAAAAGAACAAAUGCUGCCGAGAGCGGGAGGGCUCAGAGUGCUUGUGAGACACCGCAGGAGAAGAGGUUUGCUUUAGAGACCCCUGAGGAGGAGGAGGCUGUGGCAGCGGCAGCGGCAUCGCAGGAGGGCUCGCUGGAUAUCCCAGGCAGCCUGGAGGAGCUUGCUGCCCCACAGGAAGCGCGACCUGAGGAGCAACCUGAACUCGAGAAGUCCUUGAACCAGCCUAGUGAAGAGUCCCUGGAGGGAGCAGCUGAUGAGCUGGAGCACAGGCAAGAGAUAACACACUUAUUGCAAGCACAGGAGGAGAAAAGUCAGCAGUUCCAGGAGGAGAUGAGGCAGCCGGAGGAGGAGGAGGAAGCUGAGAAGCUUCGUCAGCAAAAAGAAAAAUCCCUCAGGGCUCUACAGGAAGACUUGGCAAAGGUCUCUGAGGAGGAAGAGCUGCGUAUUAGAAAGGAAGAAAGCGAGAGACUCUCAAAGCUGCGAGCUCAAAUUGCCUCAGAGACCAAAGCAGAGGAGGAGAAGAUAAGGGCAGAGCAAGAGGUCACACUGCAGAAACUAAGAGAAGAGUGGGAAUUCCAGCAGGUGAUGGAAAAGGAGAGCCUGGAGAGGAAGCAGCAGCUUGUUUUGGAGCAAAUGAAGGUGGAAAUGGAGGAAGUUCAGCAGAAAGAGAUGACCAAACUGGAGCAUGAGAAGGACCAAUCCCUGAGUGAGCACAGGUUGAGAUUAGAUGAGCAAAAGAAGAAGGCAAUGGAAGAGCUGGAGAAGGAGUUUGCAAGUGAACUUCGGCAGCUGAAAUCGGCAGCAGAAGAGAAGCAUCGUAAGGUCAUUUCCAGCCUGCAAACCCAGAUAGCAGAGGCACAGAGGAGCGAGGAGGCUCAGCUGCGGGAAGACUUGCAGAGAGCAGAGCAGAAAGUGCAGCUGAAAGCCUAUCGACUGACAGAAUACGAGCGCGAGCUCAGCGAGCUGAUGAGAGAGAAACGCCAGGAAGUGGAGAAAGACCAUGAGAGGAAAAUGGAGAGGAUGAAACAGGAGCACCAGGAGGCCCUGGCAAGGGUUCAGGAUCAGUAUGAGGAGGAGGAGAGGAAGCAAAGAGCAGAGCUGCAGGAGGGCCUGCGGGGUGAGCUGGGGCGCCUGCGGCAGCGGCACGAGGCGGAGGUGAAGGCUCUGCAGGCAGAGCUGGGCGAGCGGCUCGCAGCACUGCAGCACAGGCAGAGGGAGAAGGAGAGGAAGGUGCAGGAGCUGGAAAGCGAGCUGGAGGUGCGCAUGCAGACCGUGCAGAGCAGGUCAGCACAGCUCCUGAGCCAGGAGGAGUCUCUGAGGAAGAAGAGGCAGCAGCUGCGGGAGGAAGACAGGCAGGCGAAGCUGGAACGAGAUGAAGCUGCUUUAGCCUCUCAGCUGCGGCUAGAGGAGAGCAGGAAGGAGCAUUCCAGCCUCCUGGAGUCCAUCCGGCAGCUGCAGAAGUCUGUGGAAGAGCUGCAGGACAAGAAGGCUGAGCUGGAGGCUCAGGUGGAUUUGCUGCAGACCCGAAAGCAGAGACUGCAGAAGCGCAAGAGUGAGCUGGACGCAGCCAUCAGAAGCAAACAGGACACUUUGAAACAACUGGAGGCAGAAGAAAGUGUGGAAUCUCCAAAGGAGGAAGCUGAGCUCUGUGCUGAAGACCUGGGAGAAGCUAGUGAAGCUCACUCAUCUGGAGAGCCUGUUUCCCCACCCACCCAAAGCCAUGAGGACGGUGACCUCCAGUUUGAUCAUGUCAGGAGCUACAUCUCUGCGGAAGGGAUUUCCAUCAGGAAUGCCAAGGAGUUCCUGGUGACCCAGACUCACUCCAUGAGGAAGAGGCACAUGGCACUGAAAGCUGCAAAGCAGCAGUGGCGCCAGGACAUGCAGAAGGCCCAGGAGGUGGUGCAGGAUCCCAAGAGCUCCCAGCACCUGGAGGGCAUGCGCAAGAACCUGGAAGAGGAAGCCAAGCAGUUGGACAAGAUGAAGUCUGCUAUGCGGAAAGGACAGGUACUGCUCAAGAAGAAAGAAGAGAAGCUGAGCCAGCUGGAGUCCUCGCUGCUGGAGGAGCUCUCAGAUGAAGACACACUGAAGAGUGCUGCAUGCAAGAAGAUGGUGACUUUUGAUCUCAGCAAUUCUGAGGAUACAAACAGCACAUCCAGUGUAAAUGUAAAUCAGCCUGAAUUUGAUUUGAGAGCUGAUUUGCAGGCUGUCCCCGAGCCAGACAAGGUCAGGUUCCUGACAGAGUCUGUGAUGCGUAUCUCUAGUGAACUCGACAGGGUCCUUGGUGUCUUGGGCUCUCUGAGCAACCAACAGUCUCCACUCUUCACCUCGACGCCUCGUGACAGCACCCCUGUUUCUACAUGUGCCUCCUUGCCAGGACUUCAUGCAGGUGGCUCCCGGCUGCCCCCGCCAAGGACGUCUUUGGUGGACCCGUUGGCCUGGAGCUCUGGGCUGAGCUCUAGUAACCAUUCCACAGCUGGACGGUCAGUGGACAGCAUCCUGGCAGAUAAAUGGCACAAGUAUUUCCCAGGUGGGUUCCCAUCGCACACUGGAAGUUCCAGGCUUCUGGGCAGCAAGCUGGGAUACGUACCUGCAGAGGAGCAAAUCCGGCUGUUGCAGAGCUCCCAGUUCCAGAGCUGUGAGUCAGACAGCACAAGUAUUGAAGGAAUGAUUGGGAUGAACGAGAAAUGGCUGAAAGACUUCAUGAGGGAAUCAAAACUGCCUCUCUUCCCAGGGGCACAAAAGCCCCCUGCCAGCAGCUCCAGCAUCCCUCAGCUAAAACUGGAUGAAAACGGGCAACUCAAACUCUACCAUUACUAAAGGGUGGGCCUUGGCUCUGCAGAGAUGGUGGCGGGGGCCACACAUUGGCUCCUGUGAUUCCCAACCAUCUCUGCUGCGUCUUUGUGCUGUGCCCUUGAAAUAAAGUCUUUUUCCAAGAGAGCGGAGGAAGGAGGAAGAGAACUUCCCAGGUGGAUUCUUCUAAUCCUGUAAUGUGUCCAAAUAUACUUUAUAGACUGUUUAAUCCAGUGGUGAAACACCAGGGCUUCGAUAAAUCAACACUUCUCUCAUUAGUAUUCCAGCGAUCGUGAGCCAUGGCUGUGAAUCAUGGACUUGGAGGAACUGGUCAAGGGGGGGAUGUGAACCCAGCUGAGGUCUGCUAGAGGAAAUGUGUCAGGAAAGGAGCCCACCCUGAGGCCCAGCAGAUGUUUAAUAGCAGGUGGGCCAAGUCAUCUGCCUCUGGCACGUGUGUGAGCAGGCAGCACGAGUGAUGACGUGGCUCUGGAGCCCAGGGACAGCACUGGAAUGGCAGAUUCUGACUCUCAGGAAAUGCUUCUGUCUUCUGGAGUGGAAGCAGUAGGAGCUAAGCUGGGAAUGGCUUUUCAUGGCUCCUCUUUGUGCCACACCUGUGCUGCAGGAGCUCUUCUGUGUUAGGGAUGUGCAGCAUGGGGCAGCCCAGCCUAGUAUGGAUGAGACAAAAAAGCCCUGUCGGCAGCCUCCAGUGCCCUGAGAGGGACCUGAGCUCAGCUGCCAGGCGGUGGCUGCAGGGAUGCUCCUGUGGGAGGCAGGGAGCUGGAAGGGGGCAGAUGGUGCUGCUGUAACGGGAGGCAGGAGCCAGGCUCUGCUGGUGCAGAGCAGGCAGUGUGCUCUGUGCUUGUCUCUGUCACUAUUUCCUCCAAGCUGACGUUAAAUAUUUUAGGCUUUCAGGAGCUGCUGCACCACUUUGCCAUUUUGCCUGGUGAAGGAGGCAGCGUUUCAGGGAAUCCCAUCUGUGAGGAAUCAUCUUCAAAGCCGCUCUCCUUGGAUGCUGAGGCUGCCGCUCUGCACCCGUCAGUGCUGGUUGUGCGCCUCGUGAUGUGCAGCAGAGUAAGGCAGAGCCUUCCUGCUUUGCUUCCCUGUGCACAGGCACGGGGGAAUGUUUACAUGCAAAGAGAAAUCUAUUUUUGAUGAAUGGAAUGUUUGAAUUUAUUCCUUUUUUCCUGAUUUUCUUGGAAUAUUUUAGUUACUUUGUCCUAGGCCAGCUCGCUCUGUGCUCAGGUCCAUGUUCUCCCACUUUCUGGGUGCUAACCAAGCACAGGGUAGUCCUUCCUGAGGAAAGUCCUAGCUGUGACUGAAAGGGGAGAUCCAAACGCAGGUUUCCCAUCUCCUGUGGGAUUGCACCAAUCCCUCUCUGUAGGGGUUUGGAUUCCUGGCUGUUGAUGGAACACGUGGCACUCUUUCCAGCUGGGUACUGCAGAGGGGAGCCUGGUUCUGGCAACCGGGGCAGGCUGUGCUCAGAGCCACACAUUGCAGUGCAGAGCGAUGCCUCCUGCCUUAGCAGUAACUCGGUGUUAAAUCCUGUGACAGUGGCUGUAUGUGGUUUUGUACUCAAAUUAAAGCAGCACGAGCCUGUUUUGUACCAUG